AUUGGCGCGGAAGUUUGUUUUGUAACUUCAGAGUCUGGUCGUCUGUGGGUUUGUCUGUCUGCUAAACAUGAUUCGCAAAAGGGGACGCUCCUCUGUGGAGAAAGGAGAUGGAGCUUCUACAAACACCAAGGCAAAGAAGAGUCGCACCACUGGUCGCCAACCUAAGGAAGCUGUUCCCGAAGAGACAAAUGAAAGUGUAUUCGGAGUCUUUCUGAGAGAGGCAGGCGUCACCUUGAAACCCUGUGGCACAUCCAAUGAGAUUGCUGUUGACCAAGUAGUCUUCCAGAAACGAAUACGACAGCAGCUACAGAAGAGUCCCAGGUACCCCAGUAUCAUACAGGAAUUCAUCACUAGCUUGGAGUCUUAUAUCGAGGACUCUGACAGAUUUAGAAACUGCCUCCUUCCAUGUGUUCCACAAUUACUUGAUGGAUAUUCCAAUGCUGUCAGUUCAUUCCAGGAAAGCCUGCUGCGCAUGUUGCUGGGCAUUGAGAUGCUCCAGACUUUGAUCAUUAACACGUUGCUCGAGAAACUCCCUGAAUUUAUGCUUGAUGGUGCUGCUGAUGGAGGACUCAGUAUUCCACGCAUGAUAAUUAACCAGCUCAAAUGGCUAGACAGAGUUGUAGACGCCAAGGAGUUGGCAACAAAGCUCAUGGAGCUGGUGUCAGUAGCACCAGUGGAGGUUCAGCGUGACAUCAUCACCAGUCUACCAGAGAUACUGGAAGACUCCCAGCACAAUGACAUAGCCCGGGAGCUCAACUCUUUGCUCCAGGAGAACACUCAGUUGACCGUCCCCAUCCUGGAUGCCCUCUCUAGUCUGAACCUCAGUUCCUCUUUGCUGACAGAGGUUCGUGGGGCUGUGAUGGCAACACUGGCCGCUGUGCAACUGGAGGAUCUACCUGUCAUGGUCAAGUUCAUCCUGCACUCUGUCUCAGCUUCUGAUGCAUAUGAGGUGGUGUGUAAUCUUCGUAAAAAACUCGAGCUGGAGCAGUGUGUUCUUCCUGCUGUGCUGCAGGCCUCCCAGAGCCGCAUUAAGAACAAAGCAGCGUCUGCUUCCACAGCAGCAGCCGGCAGCAGCCAGGACAGCGUUAUGUUGAUACUGGACUGCAUCAAGUCCGCAGUACGAUUCCAGAAAUCCAUUUCUGAAGCUUGGCUCAAAGCAAUAGAGUCUGUGGAAGAAGUGGAGGAUCAUAAGGUAAUAGAUCUGCUGGUGCUGUUCAUCCUUCACUCCACUAACGCCAAUCAGAACCGACGGGGGGCAGAGAGAGUGCUGAAGGUCAAAGUGAGGACUGGACUGAUCCAAGAGGCUCUGCUGCAGAAAACCUUCAGGGACUACGCUCAGGUCAUGCGAGGUUACUUCCCCUCAAUCUUGGCUCUAGCUCAGAGUUUGCUGCGCUCCCCGGACCCCUGCGUGGUGCCUUUUGGUGGACACAUGUACAGACACUCAUUCACUACAUUCGAUACCUACUGCCAUCAGGAGGUGGUGGGCUCGCUAGUGACCCAUGUGUGUAGCGGUGUGAAUGGGGAGGUGGACAUGGCUCUGGAGCUGCUCUGUGGUUUAGUCACAGAAAAACCUGCAGAAAUGGCCCUGUAUGCUGUUUUUGUCAAGGGCAUCUUGGAUUACAUGGACAACCUCACACCUCAGCAGAUUCGAAGACUCUUCCACCUUCUGAGCAGACUGGCUUUUGGGCAGCAGCAGCAAGGAUCUUACAUCCAGGAUGACAUGCACAUAGUGAUCCGCAAACAGCUCUCCAGCACUGUGCCCAAGUACAAACGUAUUGGCAUCAUUGGUGCCGUGAUGAUUGUCGGCAGUAUGGGGGCCUCUGGGCCUAAAGGGAAAGAAUCACAGAAUGGGUCAUUGCCCCAGGAGACAUUCAGACAGGUGGCGGCCCUGUUGGAGCUGGUGAAGUCGAGCAGCGAAAGCUCACCUGAGGCUACAGCUCUGUACUAUGAUGAACUGGCCAAUCUAAUUUCGAACACGACCCUGGACCCACAAGUGCAGGAAAAGAUUGGAAGUAGCGUCCUAGAGGACUUUCAGGAUGACUUUAUCGUGGACCUUUGCCCAGAAAUAACAGGCUCCUUCCCCUUUCCAGCCCGUGUGAUGUACAGGCUGGAUGAGGGGGAGAGUCAGUCAGACAUUGCCAUCAACCUGAUGCCCGUGCUGGUCCAAGACCUCCAAAACAAAGGAGAGCAGCAAAAUCAAACCAAGAAGGCACAAAAGCGAGUGUCUCCGCUCUGUUUGUCUCCAUUUUUCCGCCUCCUGAGGCUGUGUGAGCAGAAACAGCAUCAAGGAGACUUGGAGGAGAUCGAUGGUCUUCUGGGUUGCCCUCUGAUCCUAAUGGACCUGGAUGUAGUAGAAAAACUAGACAGCCUGUCCAAAGCUGAGAGGGAGUUUCUGUGUACUUUGCUCUUUCACACCAUCAACUGGUUCAGAGAGGUCAUAAAUGGAUUCUGUGGAGUAAAAGAAAUUGAGAUGAAGAUGAAAGUGAUGACUCGCUUACAGAAUAUCACUUACCUUCAGACACUGUUGGAAAAGGCUCUGGCAGGAACACCUGGUUAUGUUCCACCUGUUUCCAACUUUGAUGGAGAAAGCACAGACGGGAUCGUGAUUAGUUCCGUUGCCCCUGUGAAUAAGGCAAAGAAAGAUGGCACAGCAAAGAAGAGGAAGGCCCCCGGUAAGAACUCAUCAGAAAGCAGCUCUCAGCAUGAGGAGGCGACUGAAGCAGAUGAAACUCAGCAGGAGCAGCCAGAAAAGGAGAAAGAAAAGGAGAUUCGGCCAGGUGUCAGUCUGGCGUCCUACAGACCAUUUUUCAGGGAGCUGGACAUGGAGGUGCUGAGUGUUCUGCAGUGUGGCCUGCUGUCCUGCUCGCUGCUCGACUCUGAGCUCCACACCAAUGUGCGAGAAGAGGUUCUGCUGGGUCCGGCUGAGCUCGUCUUCCUGCUGGAGGAUAUGCUACGCAAACUGGAGUUUAGUCUUACAGCUGCCCCUGCCAAAAGAGCCCCUUUCCUCAAGGGAAAGGCCGAUAAAAGCGUGGGCUUCUCCCACCUGCAACAGAGGAGUUCCAAGGACAUUGCCUCCUGUUGUGUCCAGCUGAUGCCGGCCCUCUGCUCACACCUGGAGAACUGCCACAACCACUUUCAAACUCUGCUGUCUGAGAACAAUGGUGUUGUGGAUGGACCUGCUACCGAUGAGCACGAGCACCAGUUAAUGUCGUCUGGCUACCAGCUGCUCCUACAGGUCUUGAACACCACCUUCAGCUGGUCUGGAUUUAGUCAGCCAGGUCAACGCAGCCUAUUGAAGAAGGUCCUGGGAGUUUUGGCUGGACGACUCAAAGAAGGAGGCGCUGAGUUGACCAUGGAGCAGCUUGUGAAACACAGUUUCGAGUACUUGCUGAACUUCCGCAGCACGAUACCAAAUCUCAGCACGGCGCUGAGCCUGUCCCAGCUUCUGUCCACUGUGUCUGAGAAGGGAGGGAAUUCUGCAGCCUACAGAGAGCAGACCGCUUCCCUUGCACGACGUUUCCUCAGCCAAUCCUGGGUGACCGCCAGCGGAGAGAAGGAACGAGGGGCCAAAUUCAAUGAAACCCUUCACAGUCUGCUGAGCAUCUACCUGGAUCAUGUUGACGAUGUUCUUAGGGCAGUGGAGGAAAUCGCUGAGAAAGGAAUGCAAGAGCUUAUCAAUACAUCCAAAGAUGAGAGCUCGACCUCCUGGCCCACUCUCAACAGGCAGACAUUCCUGGUUUACUACAAAGUGUUGAUGGCAGAGCUGGAGAAAGCUGUGCGGAAGAUUCCUGCUGGCAAAAUGAGUGACAACACUGAGGCUCAGAGUGUGAAACUGCUGACUUGGACCCUGGCUGUCCGAGAUUUUCACAUCAUGGUCAACCUAGUUAAGAUAUUUGAUUCUAGGCUGGUUCUCAAUGUGUGCUUAAAGUAUGGCCGCCUUUUCCUGGAGUCUUUCCUGAAGUUGGGGAUGCCGCUGCUAGACUACAGUUUCAAAAGGCACAAGGAGGACGUCCAGAGCUUGUUGAAAACCUUCCAGCUCAGCACGCGCCAGCUCCAUCACAUGUGUGGACAUUCUAAGCUUAACCAGGAUACCAGCUUGACCAACCAUGUUCCAGCCCUGAAGAAGAGCCUCGAGCUGUUUGUGUACAGAGUGAAGGCCAUGUUGACGCUCAACAACUGUCAGGAGGCCUUUUGGAUCGGUAACCUGAAGAAUCGCAACCUGAAGGGUGAAGAGAUUCUGUCUCAGAAAUCACAAGAAAGUGAUGAUGACGAUGAAGAGGAAGAGGAGAAGCAGCAACAGUCAGAUGAUGAGGAUCAGGAGAGUGACACUGAGGGAAUUAAGAAGAUAAACGCAGCAGAAGAUGCAGAUCCAGAUGAUGUUGUAGAUGACUCUGAGUGAUAUGCUUUAAAAAAAAACAACAAAACAACAAACUGGUUGGUUUAGGUUUAAACAUUUUAUAAAGCAACUUUUCAGGUUUUUGUAGAGCUGUAUUUGCUUUUUACUUGUGCACUUUCUACAUUUACAAAAUACUGCAACUCAUUGUGGGCAAUGGAUAGGUAUGACAUCACUGAUACACAUCUAAACACAGCUCUUGUAUUCUGUGUGGGAAUAACACCUUACGAAUUCAUUUUAUUAUUAUUUUUUAAAUUGAUGCGUUUAUAUAAUCCCACAGUUUUGUUUUUCUGUUGAUGAUAAAACGUUUCUAAUUGUAUUACAUGUUGUCACAGCAGGUUUGCUUCUGGAAAAAGAACUGUUGAUG